AUGAAAGAGAAAAUUAGACUAUUCUUUUUUAUUAAAGUUUUUAAGUUUAUCCUUUUAAAUGAGUAUGUCAUUUUAUGUAGUAAUGUGAGUAACGUUAAUAAAAAUUUCCAUAAAAAACACGAUGAUUAUAGAAUAACGGAUAUUAGAACUUAUGGGUCAGUGGAAGUUCAUAAAAACGAAAGGAUUUCUAAUAUUGAAAGAAUGAAAGGAGGUAUACCAAAUAUUGGAGUGUAUGAAAUAAAAGAUAUAUCUAAUAAUAAAAAGGGAACCAAAGAAAAAAAUAAAAAACAAUGUAAAAGUUCAUUAAAUAAUAAAGGAGUACUUGAACAAGCUAUGAAUGUUAAAUCUUCUGCCCACACCGAAGGAAUUACAUAUUCUGAUAAAGGUACACUAAAGAAUAAAAAUUAUCUAAAGAAAGUUAGGGGAGUUGUAAGAACUGGUUUUAAGUUUUUAAGGAAAUUUAUAGAUAGAAAAGGAGUUCUUUUUAAUUUUUUAUUUAUCUUGCAUUUAGCACUUGCAAUAUUAAUUACGGUAGCAGCAUUAAUUGAAGGUAUUGUUCCAUACACAGAGGAUGUAAAGAAGGUUUUUCCGUUUCUUUUACGAUCACUUCUUAUAUUUUGGAUUUUAUUUUUAUUAGGUAUUUUUUGUAUCUGCAGAAAAGCUGUAAAACAUGAAAAGUUGACGCAUAUGAAAAGUGAGAUGCAUCAUAAAGCACAUACUUCUUUAAGUGCAAUACACUUUUAG